GUGACUCUAUGCGAGCAUCAAAUAUGGCACACUUUAGAUUUAAAUAAACGUUUUUUUCCGGACCGGAGUUACUCCAAACGAAUAGUUCAGGAGCUAGGGAAUCUAAACAUAGCAGUUUAAAAUUAUGCAUUUAAUCUGAACUGAACUGAACUCGUUUCCGAACAAAUAAAACUGAUUCUGUGCACUAUAGAGUACUCCGUUGGCGCUCCAAUUGUUCGAGUAUGAAAUUCAGCGUAAUGGAUUCAAGCUCACCAGAAACUGCCCCGACUCCAUUCAAACUCCACUUUCACUUAUAUUUUUAAUGUCGGCAAUUGGCAACACUGUACCUUGACAUAGAUUUCAACAAACCAUUUUUUUUUUGUGUGUUUAUUUUUUUUUAAUUUUUCUUAACAUAUUUUUUUAAAUAAAACCCCUAUAAAAUGGAAACUUCCUUGACAAAUUACGAAUUAACCGAUAGCAAAAUAGGCCCCGAUUCCGAAAACGGUUCGGAUAAAAGCGACCCUAUAGAAAUUGUCAGCUAUGGGGACUACUCCGAAUCGAAUUCCAGCGGUAGCAGCAAUAAAUUGCCCGAAGACAACUUCGAUAAUAACCUUCCCGACACUGUCACUUUGCUAAUCCACAAAGACACCGGAGCAAAAGUGUAUCUCGUAGGAACUGCUCAUUUUAGCAAAGAAUCGCAAGACGAUGUCGAAAUGGUGAUUAGAAAUGUACGGCCUCAACUUGUUGUAGUUGAAUUGUGCAGAUCCAGGAUGAGUAUUUUGGAGCUGGACGAACAAACUGUACUGGAAGAGGCCAAAAACAUUGAUAUGAGCAAGAUUAUUAAUACUAUUAAGUCUAAUGGGACUGUAAAUGGGCUGAUGUAUUUGUUGUUGCUUAAUAUGAGCGCUCAUAUUACUAAGGAGAUUGGAAUGGCUCCUGGUGGAGAAUUUAGAGUGGCUUACAGAGAGGCUGAAAAAAUUCCAAAUUGUUGUGUCCAUUUAGGAGACAGGCCUAUAGGUAUAACAAUGAGAAGGGCCUUAUCCAGAUUGUCCUGGUUCCAGACCAUAAAAUUGGCCUGGCAUUUGUUGACCAGCAAAGAUCCAAUCAGUGUUGAAGAAAUCGAAAGAUGUAAAAACCGUGACAUUCUCGAGCAGCUAUUGUCCGAUUUGGCCGGCGAAUAUCCGGCUUUUAGGGAAGUAUUUUUGGACGAAAGAGACAUUUAUUUGACCAGUUCUCUACAAGGAGCAGCUAAAAUUGGGCCUCCACUAAAACCAGGUGAAAUAGCAGAAGAGCCUGUAAAAAUCGUCGGCGUUGUCGGCAUAGGCCAUACUCCAGGCAUCAUAAGACUUUGGCCUAACGAACAACGCCAAUUCGUUCCUGCCAUAAUGACAGUGCCUCCUCCGACUCUCACAUCGAAACUUAUGAAAAUCUCUUUUAAAUUGUCCCUUAUAGGCUUAGGAGGUUAUAUUGUUUAUAGAUAUAUGCCUGUAUACAAGUACGUGCCCGUACCGAGAGUCCUCAGGGAAAAAGUUUUGUUGUUUGUACAUAAAAUUGCUAGUGGUGUGAAAACUAGUCCAGGAAUUAAAUACUCCUUAAAUUAAGGGUUAAAUUAGAUGUUUUAAGAAAACAAUCUUGAAGACUGCUGCUUAAAUUGUUGUGUCUUCCAUUUAUUAUUGUUAUUGUUUUAAGCUUAUAAUAGUUAGUUACCCGAUCAGAUUUGUGCAUAAACUUACCUUACAUUCCUGUUUAUUAUAAAAUAAUGUUUUUUUUUUUUUUUAAUUUGGAGUGGGUAUAUUUUAACUUAGUUUUUACACGGGAACCCAAACUAUUUUUUGAUAUGUUCUAUUUCUCAAAAUGUCUGGCACAUCUACAAUAAGUUAAUUUAAAAUUGUAUGAUAAAGGAAUAUUUUAAAUAUAAUUUAUCUGAAAAUAAUUAAAAUCUCCACUAGUAAUUUUUUCCCAUCUGUGUGAUUUAUCAUUUUCUUCUUAGUAAUAAAAUAUGUAUUCCAAAUAAAACAAUUUCAGGAUAAACCGAGGGGUGGUUAACUGAUCAAAAUUUGUGUAAAAGUUGAUCAAAAUCCCAGAAAAUCUCAUAAGAUCUACUCAAAAUCCCUAAAAAUCUUUAAAAUCCUUGAAAAUUUAACAAAAUCUCUUGAAAUUGCAUAAAAUCCUAUAAAAUCUAACAUAAUUUCAUUAAAACCAAAAAAAUCCUGCAAAAUCUCAUAAAAUCAUUAACAUUCCUAAAAAAUAUUUCCUUUGAUAUUCCUAAAAAUCCUUUGGAAUCCCCAAAAAUCUGUUAAAGUCUCUCAGAAUUCCAUAAUUUAGUGGAAUUUCAAGGAAAUUUGGUAGAAUUAUGUUAUUCUGUAAAAGGAAUUACAUGUGAAAUUUUUGCGGAGUUUCCAUAGAAUUCACAUUAAAUUUUAGUUCCUCUCGAAUUACAUGAAAUUUCAGUGAAAUUCCGAUCGAAUUACACGAAAUCCUAAAUGAAUUGCAUGGAGGAAUUUUAUAAAUUGUAAACAAUUAUAUGAAAUUACACCGAAAUUCCCAACAUGAAAUUUCAGUUCUUACUGAAUUUUAGUAAAAUUCCAGAAAAUUCCACAAGUGGAAUGCCGAGGAAUUUUCGGCUAAAAACAUGGAAUUUCGGU